AUGUCUUUUGCUGCUUGGCUAGUGUUAUUCAUUUACAAGGGACAUGGCUCCGAUUAUUGUUACAGUCCACCAAGUAACAUAUUUCAUUUAAAAUUCAAUUCGAAAAUGUUGGUACGUUGCGGUAUGGAAAAUAAUUUACGAGAGUGGUAUUCGAUUGAUACGAAUCGAACCGAGAUCGUCGAUUUAGCAACAUGGAGCUUAGAAAAAGGAAUAACUAAAAUUGCUUCAGAUUCUCUUCUUCAUGAAAGAAGAUAUAAUUUAGAGGGUUUGAUAAUGAGAGCUGUUACAAUUAAGGAUUCGUCGUUCCUAAUUGUAAAUGAGGAUGGUGAAUUAGACGGGAUAUUCGGUAAAAUAUUAAGAGAACUUUCUAUAACUCUCAAUUUUAGUUUCAAUAUUGUUUCUGAAGUAGAAGAAUAUGGAAGUUGGAAUCUUAAAGAAAAGACUUGGUCCGGAGCAGUAGGAGAAUUAUAUGCUGGACGUGCUGACAUUUCUAUUUCAGAUUUUUCUAUUACCAGUGCUAGAUUGAAUGCCGUUGACUUUACGCUUCCACUUUUGCUUUCGAAAAAAUGUCUUUACAUUCGGGAGCCAGAAAUAUUUGCGAUUAAAUGGUCAUCUUUUUUUCUAACAUUCUCCUAUUCUAUUUGGAUAGCUAUAUUGGUGAUAUUAAUUGUUGGAUCGAUUUUACUGAUUUUUCUCAAAAUACAGAAUGGAAUGGAUCGUAACGUAGGACAUUUGUUAUCCGAUAAUUUUCUGGAGAUUUGGGGUAUAUUUUGUCAACAGGGAUUGGCAGAUUUUUCUGAUAGAUCUUCUUUAAGAAUAGCAUACUUCUCUAUCCUUCUUUCGGCUGUCGUUUUAUCGGCCGCUUAUUCUGCGGCUUUGAUAAGCUUUCUAACGUCUACUGCCCAUAUUUUACCCUUUCGUUCAUUAGAAAGUUUCGUUGAAGACGGCACUUAUCAAUUAUCUGUCUUUCGUGGUACAUCUGAUUAUGAUAUGUUUGUAAAUUCGAAAAAUCCGCUUGAAAAGAAAUUAAUGAAGUUGAUGAUAGAAGAAGAAAAAUUGACAACAAAUGUAGAGGAAGGAUUCAAUAGAGUAUGUAAAAAUCGGAAACUAGCAAUGUACUCGUCCGAGGAAGUACAAAAAAUUGUAAAUUUUAAAAUAUUAUGUAACCUGGCUUCUAUUGAGACGGGACGCGUAGACAGUUUAGGCAUGAUUUUAUCCAAAAACAAUCCAUUCACAGACGUUAUCAAUUUUCACUUGCAGAAAUUUAUCGAUAAUGGUAUGAUGAAUCGUUUAAAAGAUUCGACAUUUAAGAAGAAGUCCAGUGAUUUGAAGAAACAUGAACCGAAAAGUGUAUAUUUUCUUCCAAAAUGAAGAAGGUGUCAAUGGUAAAUCGUACUCCGAUUAAAUCGUUCAGAGUCAAUGUAAAAAGGAAACGACAACGCGAGAACUAUUAACAAUAACGCUAAUAUUCGAUUUUAAACGAAUUUUUUUAUUUUGAUCGUAAUAUUUUAAUAUAGCACAUAUUCUUAAUCGAUUGUAAUAAUUGUCUACGAUAACCUUGUGCAUGCGUAUAUAGAAAAAAAUUAGAAUAUAAUGUUUACU